AUGGCCACUUAUGACAAUGUUGAUGGAGCUGAUGACGAUUAUGUGAGUGUUAAUAGUCAAGAAGAUGCUGAGGCACAACAACAACAACCAACACCAACACCAAAUCCAUCAAUACCACAGUCUGAUGUAUCAACUGGUGGUCAAUCAGCUGAUGUAGAACAACAUAAAAUACUUCAACAACAACUUGUAUACUUACUACAUGCAAAUAAUUGUCAAAUACGUAAACAUAAAGCAAAAAAUAGUGAAUGGCAUUGUAAUACACCUCAUUGUCAAUUAAUGAGAAAUGUAUUGACACACUUGACAAUAUGUAAAGAUAGUGAAGAUUGUCCAGUACCACAUUGUAGUUCAUCUAGACAAAUACUAGCACAUUGGAGAAAAUGUCAACGUGCUGAUUGUCCUCUAUGUUUACCAGUAAAACAAACUUAUAACAUAAAACCAUCAACUAAUUUAAAUACAAAAAAAUCUGUAAAAAAUCCUACAAAUAAGCCAAAUAAUAAUAUUAAUAAUAAAAAAGUGAUUAACAAUCAACAACUACCACAAAGCCAACGAUAUCAUCAACAACUAGCACCACCAUUAUUGACUUCACUAAUAAAAAAAACAUAUGAAUCAUUCGCUAGGAAACAUUUAUGUGAUGAAAAUAAUUCUGAUAAUUUAAAAUCACUUGGUAGUCAACAAAUAACACCAACUCCAGUAUAUAAAAAAAAAGAAUGGCAUCAAAGAGUAACAUCAGAUUUACGUGUUGAUUCCAUUUAUAAAAUACUAGAUGCAACAUAUCCAAAACGAUAUCCACAAGAAUCAUUUUCUGAUAGAUUUCAAAAUACAGUUGAAUAUGCAAAAAAGGUUGAGGUCUAUAAUUAUCGAUUGGCUAGUUCAGUAUCUGAAUAUCAUCACUUGAUAGCUGCAAAAAUAUAUAGUAUUGUUGAUAGAAAACGUCAGAAACGAGUUGAACAACAAUUGGCUCAGCAGCAACAACAACAACGACAACGAUUUCCAUCAAGUCUACCAACAAAUAAUAAUACUAAUAAUAAAGAAAGGAGAAGGAAGUCAUGAAAGAUCUGAGACAACUGGAACCAAUGAUGAUUCAUCAACAAAUAACCAAUUAAUUCCAGAUAAUGAUAUCAUUAAAAAAUUGUACAGCUUUUUAAAU